AUGACGACACAGGAAUGCCUGCGCAAAUUGAAGGGCAUAACAGAGAUUGUCGCACGAUGCAGCCUCGAAUUCAAAGCGAUCAAAUCGCCGCAUGAGAUUUAUGAGGAGAAGGCGGCGGCUGUGCGGGCCAGCCUUGCUCAAGUGUGGGAUCGCCUUCUAGCAAACCCCCAUUCACCGGAAGCGUCUGGACUUCAACGCGAGAUCGAAGACCACGGUGGCCAGUUGAAAGAACUGGAAAUCACAUACAAUGCGACCUUCAAGGAAGAUGAAAAAGCUUAUGAUCAACAAUUACAUGCAGCAAUGGAGAGUCUUUGCGACGAUCUGAUCGGAACAAUAGGACGGUCCCAGGUAGAGAAAUCGCUGCGAACACUUUCGAACCAGCAGCCGUCCGAAAGUGGUCAUGGCGGCUCUUCCGAUGGCCUGGAAACGUUGACUACGCCAAGUGAAGCUACUGAGCGAGAGGUCAGGACUUCACAGUUGCAUGCAUCUGCUCCAAGGACGGGAAGUGUCAUGCGCGUCUGUCCCGAAAAACGAAAGGAAAGUCCAUCUGGCUUGUCAACAAGACAGAAACGCCACCGGGCCGAUCGCACAGAGCCUCAUAGAGAAGUGAUGAAGACAAUCCACUUUGAGGAAGUCUUUCAGAACGGGUCUGCUGCAACCAAACAUGUCAUCGUUAGGUUUCCAGCAGACGAUGGUGCAUGGUACAUUCUUCGAUGCGACAAGCAUGGUCUCACUUUCAAAGACAAAGCGAUCGAGAGCGCUACGGCCCAUCUGGCUGGUGAAGAGCAUGGCCGGCUGUCGAAAGAGCCCGCCGAAGUUAUCGAGCAACUUGGAGUUCAGGUUCUUGAUUGCAACGAGACCCUGGCUGACAAGAACAACACAGUAGCUCUGAAAGCAUUGCGAAAGGAACACGAGCAGGGUGCUGCUCACAACAGGCCCCUACGGGAAAAAAUCUCGCCUUCUCACAGACCCACCAGGCAGAGUCGAAGGCGACAUCAUGGCGAUAGUAGGCGGCAACGCGAUCAAGAUUUCGACGGCAUUAUAGACCCAAGACCUGGCGACGUAUAUCUCGCUUUCUGGGAGAAGUCUAAGGAAUGGUUGGCCGUCCUCCUCCUCCCCCUGACAGAGCUGGAUAACGUUGGCGUCCGAAACAAUCUUCGAGAUUUAGGUCUAGCAGAGGACGUGCCAGGAUGUUAUGACUAUGACAACCGGACCAACUGUUUUAGAUGGCGGGAAGGAUACAGAGAUGGAGAGUCGUCUGUCAGAGAGCGUGAGUUUCCCGUCAUGUACUUUGACGGGCAGGACUUCCCGGCCAGGAGUGCAGUGGGCUGGGUAGCUGCCAAAGAUUUGCGCACCCUCGAUGUAAAUGCUGCUCAGUCGUCUCUGGUUCCGCAUUUUCAAUCAGUGCGGAAAUUCCUGAGAGACCGUGCAGCGCCGCCGCAAGCGGAGGUCAUCGUCGCGAGUUCUGGCGUGGACAGAACCGAUUCAUUCAACGAGCAGCACACUCAUCCAAGACCUUCCCCAGAUCCAAAUCAGGAUGAUCACGAAGUCGCGCAUCCGGCUGAGCUGGCACCAUGUACAGCGCAGUCGCGUUCCACCGCAUCCGCUCCUGAUGGCCGGGCUUCGUUGCCAGGUGGCUUGACAGAGCCGGAGCAAAGCCCUGAACCGCGCCAAGAGAUACCAAGAAACGACUAUUCUGAUACUCGAUGCGAAAUCAACCCGGUAAAUGGAACUCAACUGGAAGAGCAUCCCGGCCAGAUCUUGAGUGUAACGAGGUCUCAGGCCUCAGCAAGGACGAGCCAAGCAAUAGACGGGUUCGAGCAUGCCACGAGCACAGCAGAACGAGACUCUCUCGCCGCAGAAGAAGGGGCCGGAGAUCGUGUCGACAGCACGGCUAUCAUAUCGCCACGAGUGUCGCCUCAAGUAUCCGCUCUCGCACAGGCUGCGCUCGAUACCCUUCGCUCGCCGGCGCCAGUGCGAGACAGCGGCCGAACCUUCUGCACCAUCCAGGUCGACUGA